AAGGAACUCUACAUCUGGUCAAGACUGGACCAUACCAAUAUCCUACAGCUGCAAGGUUUCGUAUUGGAAGGUGAUUACCCUGUCGUGAUUGCUGAAUGGAUGGAGAAUGGAACACUCCGUGAAUAUCUGCAGAAGCGCACAGACUGUUCCGUUGAAGAUAUGGUAAUCUUGCUUUAUUCCUCUUCUGUCCAUUGCAUCAGCCUACUCUACCAUCAGAUACUAGGAAUUGCCAAUGGCGUCGACUAUUUGCAUAGACAAAAUGUGGUGCAUUCCGACCUGAAAGCAGAUAACGUGCUUGUCAAUCAUCUCGGUGAUCCUCUUAUAUGCGAUUUUGGCAUUUCCCGGAUGUUAUCAUCUACAGUGACAUUUGCUGGUGCAACUUCUGGGGGAAUCAAAGGAUCGAUGCGAUGGAUGGCAUACGAACUUCUUGACUUCUCUAGUGACGGACAUCAUACAAAGGAAUCGGACGUUUGGGCUUUUGGGAUGACUGUUUAUGUAAGUAGACACUAA